AUGAAUGACAGUCUGUAUACUGGGGAGAAUUUAUCCUGGUUAAAAGUCACAGUAGCACCUCUGCUGUGCAUAUUAUUUACUUUUAAAGGGAUUUUGGCCACACACAACAAUGGAUUCAAAUUCUUGUCUCUCCUUUCUUCUGGAACUCUUACUAAGAUUGUUUGUUCCAUCAUAGUUAUCAAGGUUUUGUUUGAUAUGGUGUGUUUGUUCCUCAAUGUCAGCUUCGUUCGACGGAAGGUCUUCAAACCUUAUAAAACUAAGAAACUUACAAUCAUCGCUACAAUUUUUAUGACUUUCUCCACUGCUGAUUGUCCGAAGGAGUUAUUUCGUCAUGAUGGACAGAAUGGGACAACCGUGUGCUGUAAAGGUGUAACAUGUGCUCCAGGAUCGUAUGUUCAAACCUGUUCAGUAAACAAAACAGAAGAUACCUGUCAACCUUGUGGACCUAAAACAUACCUGUUGGAUUCUACAAAUUCUGCCUUUCCCAUUCCUUGUAUUGAAGCUAAUUGUCCCCCAGAGGCAACUAUGUCAACAACUUUUCCUAAGUCUGGCUGCAGACUAAGAUGUAGAUGUGAUUCUGCCAGAGGCUAUUUCGGACAUGACCCGUGCAGUUGCAAAAGGUAUGAUAAUUUUUCGUGA